AUUUAACUCAAUCUUAAUUCCAAUCCCAAAUACCAAGUAACCAAAAGAAAGAGGAAAUCUUAAUAUUUCUACCUCCUCACACUCUCUUCACUCUGAGACCACUUUCACUAUUUCGACAAUACAGAAAGAAGAGGCCUGAUUCUGUACAGAGUUGGCAUUGGUAUCUGAAAUGGCUGGUCAUGAAGAGAAGACUGUUACUUCUGAUGCCAAAGCAGGGAAUAUGAUUUUUGAGCCUAUCCUGGAGGAUGGAGUUUUUCGAUUUGAUUGCUCAUAUCCCAGUCUUUCAUUCAUCAAUACUAAGGAUAGGGACACACCAAUCAUCAGUCAUCCAGUUCCCUCAUAUAUCCCUACAUUUGAAUGUGUUUUAGGAAAGCAGAUUGUCAAACUUGAGCUUCCCAAUGGUACCUCCUUCUAUGGAACUGGAGAAGUUAGUGGACCACUUGAGCGGACAGGGAAGAGAGUUUUCACAUGGAACACAGAUUCAUAUGGUUAUGGUCCUGAAACUAUGCCCUUGUAUCAAUCACAUCCUUGGGUGCUAGCUAUUCUUCCAAAUGGAGAGGCACUAGGAGUUCUUGCUGACACAACACAACGUUGUGAGAUUGAUUUGAGGAAGGAAUCAAUUAUUCAAUUCAUUGCUUCAGCCUCAUAUCCUGUCAUUACAUUUGGUCCGUUUGCUUCACCCACUGCUGUCCUGAAAUCCUUAUCUCAUGCAAUUGGAACUGUUUUUAUGCCUCCAAAGUGGGCCUUAGGUUAUCAACAAUGUCGUUGGAGCUAUGAUUCUGAUAAGAGGGUUCGUGAGAUUGCCAAAACAUUUAGGAAGAAAGACAUUCCUUGUGAUGUCAUAUGGAUGGACAUUGACUACAUGGAUGAUUUUCGCUGUUUCACAUUUGACCAGGCAUGUUUCUCUUAUAUCUUUUGGAUGAUAAAUUCAUCCCUAAUUAAAUUGAAAUGUUAGGGUACUCUAUGCCUAAAUACUUCUCACUUUUUUCCUUGAAUAAGCUCAAUGUGAUCAUUCUUUCCUUGCCUCAUUGCUUCUUGCUACAUAUUCACCAUUGGA